AUGAGAGAGUUCUUUGCAUAUCGUGUGCAAGACAGAAUUAAUCAGUUUUCAUUGAUUCUAAAUUCAAGGAGACUCUUCCAACAAUUCUUGGUUGAUGCGUAUACUAUGAUUGAGAGCGAAAGGCUUAACUACAUACGACUUCAACAAAAGAAUCUAAGGUCAGAUAGCUAUGAAAGUCUCUGUGAAUUAAGAAAUAAGGGCCAGCAAGACAUAUCUAAGGUUGGAAAACGAAUCUUUUUGCCUUCUUCGUUUACCGGUGGCGCUAGAUAUAUGAUGCAAAAUUAUUUAGAUGCCAUGGCUAUCUGUAAGUGGUUUGGUUAUCCGGAUUUUUUUAUAACCAUCACUUGCAAUCCAAAGUGGCCUGAGGUUAAAAGGUUUCUUAGAGACACAAAUCUUAAACCUGAAGAUAGGCCUGAUGUACUGAGCAGAUUGUUUAAAAUAAAGUUGGAUUCAAUUUGCAAAGAUUUUAAAGAACGGCAUCUAUUUGGAAAAGUUGCAGCAGUUGUUUACACAAUCGAGUUUCAAAAGAGAGGAUUGCCUCAUGCCCACCUAUGCUUAUUCUUGGAAAAUGAAUCCAAACUUCCGACGGUAGACCAUGUUGAUCCAUUUAUAACUGCAGAAAUCCCUGAUGAAGAUGAAGAUGCAGAAUUAUAUGCGCUUGUGAAAGACUAUAUGAUUCAUGGUCCAUGUGGUAAUGCUAAUUUAAGUUGUCCAUGUAUGGUUGACAAUAAGUGUUCGAAGGGUUUUCCAAAGAAAUUUCAAGAUCAUACUACACUGGAUUCAAAUGGAUUCCCAAUAUACAGAAGAAGAGAUAAUGGUGCUUCUGUAGUAAAAAAUGGAAUCGACUUAGACAACCGAAGUGUUGUGCCAUACAACAAAAAACUUUUGAAACGGUACCAGGCACAUAUAAAUGUUGAGUGGUGCAAUCAAGCCGGAUCAAUUAAAUAUUUGUUUAAAUAUAUAAAUAAAGGCCCUGAUAGAGCAACCGUUGCUGUUGUCCAACAUGAUAAUAACAAUGAAGAACUAGAACAGGACGAGGUCAAAGAAUAUUAUGAUUGUAGGUAUCUCUCAGCUUGUGAGGCAUCUUGGAGGAUCUUCGCCUACGAUGUGCAUUACAGGACUCCUUCUGUUAUAAGGCUGCCUUUCCAUCUUCCCGGAAAACAACCUGUUGUUUUUGGACCCGACGAGGAUAUUAAUCAAGUCCUUAACAAACCAUCUGUCAAAGCAUCAAUGUUUCUUUCCUGGAUGGAACGUAACAAAGACCUGAAUGACACAGUGGCCCGUACACUUACAUAUGUUCAGUUUCCAAGUUGGUAUGUAUGGAAGCUUGAUAAACGUUGUUGGGAACCUAGACAAAGACAUAAGUCAAUUGGGAGAAUUCACGCUGUAAGUCCGUCUCUUGGGGAAGCCUAUUUUUUAAGAAUUCUUCUUAACAAAGUGAAAGGACCAAAAUCUUUUGAUGAUAUUAAAACAGUUGAUGGUAAGGUAUAUGAUACAUUUAGAGAUGCAUGUUAUGCACUCGGUCUUUUGGACGAUGACACAGAAUACAUUGAGGCAAUCAAGGAAGCAAAUGAAACAGGAUCCCCUUCGUAUCUUCGUAAUUUAUUUGCUACUUUGCUAUUAACAAAUACGUUAUCCAGACCAGAGGUUGUAUGGGAAAGCACAUGGAGAUACAUGACAGACGACUUUAUCUACAAACUUAGAAAAUAUCAUCGAGUUCCAGAUGAGCAGCUUAAAAACUAUGUUUUGAGUGAAGUUGAAAAAUUCUUAGCUAGAAACAACUCAUCACUCAAAAGAUUUGAGACAAUGCCGUACCCAGAUAAUGCGUCUAUGUCUGAUUCAGACAAUCGUUUGAUUAACGAUGAGCGUAUCUACGACAAAACCAAUCUUGAAAUUGAAUUUAAUAAUCAACUUAAUUUGCUAACUGAUGAGCAACGGUGGGGUUUUUUUGUGUACGGCUAUGGUGGGACCGGGAAGACCUUCUUAUGGAAGACAUUAUCUGCGGCAAUCAGAUCAAAAGGUCAAAUUGUAUUAAACGUUGCUUCCAGUGGGAUCGCGUCGUUGUUAUUGUCUGGUGGCAGGACCGCGCAUUCCAGGUUUCGUAUUCCAUUGAAUCUUACAGAGGAUUCAGUUUGUAAUAUAAAACCUGAUGGAGAUGUAGCUAGACUACUACACGAAACAAACUUGAUUAUAUGGGAUGAAGCGCCUAUGGUCCAUAAGCAUGCAUUCGAAGCGUUGGAUAGAACAAUGAACGACAUUUUCAAUAUCGACACUUCCAACAGAUCAAAUAUCCGCUUUGGAGGAAAGGUUAUUGUUUUAGGAGGCGAUUUUAGACAGAUCCUUCCUGUUGUUCCAAAUGGUGGAAGACAAGAGAUUGUCAAUGCCUCAUUAAGUUCGUCUUAUCUAUGGGAUACAUGUAAGUUGCUGAGACUAACAAAAAACAUGAGGUUAACAGUUGGAAGUUCAGCAUCGGACGCUGAAGAAAUAAAACAAUUUGCAAAAUGGCUUUUGGAUAUAGGUGAGGGAAAUGUUGGUGGUCCAAAUGAUGGAGAAGCAUCAAUUGAAAUACCAAGCGAUCUUCUGAUCACUGAUACAUCGGACCCCAUUUCAACUUUAAUUGAUUUUGUGUAUCCUUCAAUUCUUCAAAACUUUAACAAUCAAAAUUAUUUCAGUGAGAGGGCUAUACUUGCACCUAAGAACGAGGUUGUGCAUGAAAUUAAUGAUCGGUUGUUGUCACUAUUCCCAGGCGAAGAACGAGAAUAUCUUAGUUCAGACAGUCUUUGUCAGUCUGAAAAUCCAAACGCUACACAACAAAAACUAUACUCUCCUGAUGUGCUUAACGGUCUUAAAGUAUCCGGCUUACCUAAUCAUAGGCUAGCACUAAACGUAGGCGUGCCGGUGAUGCUCUUACGUAACAUUGACCAACAAAAUGGUCUUUGCAAUGGUACACGACUACAGGUCAAAAAAAUGUAUAACCGUGUAAUAGAAGCCGAGAUAAUAUCCGGAGGGAACAUAGGCACUCGCACUUAUAUACCAAGGAUUAGUUUGAUACCUUCUGAUAAAAAAAUUCCUUUUGAGUUUCAAAGGAGACAAUUUCCGUUGGCUGUUUGUUUCGCAAUGACUAUUAACAAGAGUCAGGGACAAUCACUGUCUAGAGUUGGUCUGUAUUUGAAACAGCCAGUUUUCACCCAUGGUCAGCUGUAUGUUGCUUUAUCGAGAGUUAAAACCAGACAAGGAGUUAAACUUCUGAUUUUGGACAAUGACGGCAAACCUACUAAUAAAACGACAAAUGUAGUUUACAAAGAAGUAUUUCAUGACUUGUGA